AUCCAUUACCCUUACAUUGUGCUUCGGUCAGCACCAGCGAGCGGUUGUGCAUUAUUUUUCAUCUAUCCGAGUCGAGUGAGCUUUAAGCUUCUCCUGACGAUAAGUUUGUAGGCUUUCUGCACGCUCUUAAGUCAGGCCUCAAAAUGAGCAGCGGCUGUCGCUGCACUCGAAAGCUGACGAUGGCCGUAAGUGGUUGUGUAAUUAUCGCGGUGAUGGCCCUCACCGUUGGACUGUGUGUAGGUCUGAGCGGUGACAAUGAAGCCCUCGAGGACCAGACAAGAUUUUCGAUCGAUCACGAGGCCAACACCUUCAUCCUGGAUGGCAAGCCCUUCCGCUACGUCUCGGGAUCGUUUCACUAUUUCCGGGCUGUGCCCGAGUCCUGGCGAAGUCGGUUGCGCACGAUGCGAGCAUCUGGUCUGAAUGCUCUGGACACGUAUGUGGAAUGGUCGCUCCAUAAUCCCCAUGAUGGUGAAUACGACUUUGAGGGAAUCGCAAAUGAAGUCAAGUUCUUGGAAAUUGCGCAGGAAGAGGACUUUUAUAUCAUUCUCCGUCCCGGCCCCUACAUUUGUGCUGAGCGAGAUAAUGGUGGACUUCCCCACUGGCUGUUUGCCAAAUACCCGACAAUCAAAAUGCGGACUAACGACGCCAACUACAUCUCAGAGGUGGGCAAGUGGUAUGCGGAGUUGAUGCCACGCCUCCAACACCUGUUCGUGGGCAACGGCGGCAAGAUUAUUAUGGUGCAGGUUGAGAACGAGUACGGGGACUAUGCGUGCGAUCGCGAUUACCUCAACUGGCUCCGAGACGAGACGGAGAAGUACGUUUCCGGUAAGGCGCUGCUUUUUACGGUGGACAUCCCCAACGAGAAAAUGAGCUGCGGUAAAAUUGAGAACGUGUUUGCAACCACAGACUUUGGCAUUGAUCGCAUCCAAGAGAUUGACAAGAUUUGGGAAAUGCUGCGUGUCUUGCAGCCUACCGGCCCACUGGUUAACUCAGAAUUUUAUCCUGGCUGGCUAACCCAUUGGCAGGAGCAAAACCAAAGGCGUGAUGGUCAAGAAGUGGCCAAUGCGUUAAAGACAAUUCUCAGCUACAACGCCAGUGUCAACCUAUACAUGUUCUUUGGCGGCACCAACUUCGGAUUUACUGCCGGGGCCAAUUACAAUCUGGACGGAGGUAUCGGAUAUGCAGCGGACAUUACAAGUUACGACUACGAUGCGGUGAUGGACGAGGCCGGAGGAGUAACAACGAAGUAUGACCUUGUCAAGGAUGUAAUUGGUCAGUUCCUUCCGCUGCCCGAAAUCACGUUGAGUCCCGCCAAACGCCUCGCCUACGGAAAGGUGGAGUUGACACCCAAGUUGACGCUGCUUUCGGCGGAAGGACGGGCUGCACUCUCCAAAGGUGAUCCUGUAGAGUCGACCAAGCCAAAAACCUUCGAGGAAUUGGACUUGUACUCGGGCCUAGUUCUUUACGAAACAGAGCUCCCGAGCAUGGACCUGGACCCUGCUCUAUUAAAAAUAGAUCAGAUUAACGACCGAGCACUUGUAUUUGUAGACCAGGAACUUGUAGGAACACUCUCCCGGGAGGCUCAGAUCUACUCGCUGCCGCUCAGCAAAGGGUGGGGAAAAACUCUCCAGUUACUAGUGGAGAACCAAGGACGCGUUAACUUCUACAUCUCAAAUGACACAAAGGGCAUUUUCGGUGAUGUGAGUCUCCAGUUGCACAAUGGUGGGUACCUGCCCCUAGAAAACUGGCGGAGCACCGCUUUCCCGCUGGAGCAAUCAACCAUCGAACUCUGGCGUCGCAAUCACAGUCAGCAGAACAGUUUGGACUCUUUUCUAGCUAGGCAACGCAUUCUUCGCAACGGGCCUAUUCUCUACACUGGCAGUCUGACGGUGACAGAGGUGGCCGACACCUACCUUAACAUGGCCGGUUGGGGCAAGGGCGUGGCCUAUGUAAACGGAUUCAAUCUCGGACGCUACUGGCCCGUAGCUGGUCCACAGGUUACUUUGUAUGUGCCUAACGAAAUCCUCAAGGAAGGCGAAAACUCGCUGGUCAUCCUCGAGUACCAACGCGCCAAUAAGUCAGCGACAGGCGAUGACCUGCCGGCCGUGCAGUUUGACGCAUUGGCUCAGCUGGAUGGAGAGUCAGGAGAUGUUCCGCUCAAGUAGUGGAUUUAUCCGUCAAUUUGUAUUUGAUAUUUCUUUAUUCGAAGCAGUUUUGAUUGAUUUUUGUGUCAACAACCUUUGUUAAGCAUUAAUAUACAAAUGUAUGUAAAUCUAACUCUUAUCAUAUUUCUACAUAAAUAUUAGCUGAUGCUUGCUUGACUGACUCGA